CUGAAGAACGUACAUCUGCUCAGUGUUUUUUUCUCCCCACUAAUCAUCUCAUUCGGCGACGCAUAAGAAGGACGACUUGAACCAACGACCAUACAUCGGAUCAUCAUGUGAGCGUGUGACGACAUGACUGACAGGUGGAGCAGGUGUGAUAGUCCACCAAACUGAUCCUAGUGUUGCGUACACAUGAAGACAUGCUGUAGCUAGGACUUCACCAUGCUGGGGGUCAGUCUCGCCAUGAAGGGCUCCAGCUCCAGCUGGGCCUUCUACCUGGGCUUCCUGGUGGGGGCCUGCAGUAUCUACUUCUUCCUGUGCCAGGUGUGGUUUGAGAGGAGCUACCACAUACUGUCAGAAGCUCAGGAAAAAGCCACAGCGGUGUCUGAGAGACCAACCAGCUGGAGGAAAGAGGGAGCCGCUCUCACCAACCCGCUCCACUCUCCCCAUGAAGAUGAAGACAGCCGGGUGGCAGAUGCGUUGUAUCAGACGGUUCGCGUUCUCUGUUGGGUGAUGACUGGACCGUAUAACCUGCAGAGCAGGGCGCGCCACGUCAGGGCCACCUGGAGUCGCCACUGCAACGUGGUGGUGUUCAUGAGCUCUGAGGAGGACCCAGACUUCCCCACUGUAGGCCUGGGCACUAAGGAGGGCCGUGACCAGCUCUACUGGAAGACCAUUCGAGCUUUCCAUUAUGUCUACGAGCAUCAUGCGAGUGAAGCAGACUGGUUCCUUAAAGCGGACGAUGACACAUAUGUGGUCGUGGACAACCUGCGCUGGAUUCUGUCCAACCACACACCUGAAGAGCCCAUCUACUUUGGCAAACGUUUCAAGCCUUUCACCAAGCAAGGCUACAUGAGCGGAGGGGCAGGCUACGUGCUGAGCAAAGAGGCCCUCAAGAGAUUUGUUGAAGGUUUUCGAACCAAAGUUUGCUCACACACCACACCCGUAGAGGACUUGGCGCUGGGGCAGUGUUUGGAGAAGAUGGGCGUUCUGGCGGGGGACUCCAGAGAUACUUUGCAUCGAGAAACCUUCCACCCAUUUGUGCCAGAGCACCAUCUAACUGGCAAGUUCUCCAAAAGCUUCUGGUACUGGAGCUAUUGUUACUACCCAAUUAUUGAGGGUCCACAGUGCUGCUCUGACUUGGCAGUGUCUUUCCAUUAUGUAGAAGCGGAGCUUAUGUACACACUGGAGUACUAUACCUAUCACCUGAGAGCCUAUGGCUACAAGCCACGCUACCGGCCCUCCUUGCUCCAGGGUCUGAGCCUCGGCCCACUCGCACAGACGGCCGCGACGACGGAUCUUAAAGGGGUUCAGGAGGUGACCGAUGGAAGGAGUCACACAACUUCAGCUUUUUCUGUGAGUGGAAACCAGACUGAAGAAGAGAUGGAGUCCGAGACAGGGGGAAAGGACAAUCUCGUUACAGAGAACAGAACUGCAGUCACUCAAGGCAGGCAGCGCUGAUUCUGUGUUUCAGCUGCGGUGGCUCUGCCUGCACAGUGUGUCGGCGAAUGUUCUCUUCUGACGGGCCUUAUUCAAUCCAAUCACAGUAUUAUUCCAGACAGUAUGACAAUGUAAGCACUUGCAGUGAGUGGUUAAAUUUGAAUAUGUAUACAUAAAAAAAGCACAGUCAGACAUGUGCUUGAAGAAAUGCAGGAAGAUGCACAUCGAAUAUUUGUUUUUUGUUCAGAGCCAAUAAUGCAGCAGAUGUGUAUCAUUUUAUUUGUGUGUCACAACUUCUCUUAUUUAUGGCUACUUGGUUUUUAUGAUGUUAAAUCUGACUGAUUUACUUUUCUGAAGUUAAAUUUAAAUUCUCAUCUAAUUUUAUUUUGGAUUUCAGAAACACAGAGCAACAUUUCAAAUGAUUUUCUUUUUGUAUUUUAUGGCCAUUUGUAUUUUUUGUCUUUGAUUUUCUUUUGAACCCUCUGGUUUAAUAGUAAAAGCAGACUCUACUGCCACCAGUGAUCCGAUAUUGUCUUUCUCUUUACCUUUGAGUGAUUCAAGUGUCUACUUAAAACCUGCUGUACUUUUUUGUGAACACUGCAGCUUCUGAUGAAAACACAAAAUCCCAUAUGUAUUUUUUUUAAUAAUGUAACAGUAAACAAUGUAGCAUGUGAGAUUGAACAUGACUGUUUGUUCAGGUUUCAAGCUUGAAGAACAACUCAUAAACAGCUUCAGGCAAAUGCACUUGUGUUUUGAAUGAAUAAAUGAUGUUAAAAAAAAUUACGUUUAUUUUCAACUUUUAAAGAACAAAGAAUAAAAUUAAUCGUCUCUCACUACUAA